AUGCUAAACGAAGAUCCAAAGAUAUAACAACUCUAUUCUAGUUUAUAAUUUUGUAUAAAAUCACUUGAUCAAAUAUUAUAAGCUAAAAAGAAGCCUCCUAAAUAGUCAAAUACUGCUGAAAGAAUAAUCAUUAAAUAAGAAAGUGUUGAAAUGUUAAAUCAUAUUAUAUUCUAAGUUCUGAAGAUUUCUAAAACCUAACUAAAGAAUUAGAAACUAUCAAAUUCUAACAUGAAUCUAUGAUGGUUAAAAUAAUGAAACUUAGGAAAAAAUUAGCAAGUUUACAAAUUAAGUAUUCUGAACUAGAUGAAGAAUUUUAAGCUUAAACAGAACUUCUUAAAUAAUAUAAAAUUACUAAAAUAAACCCAAAGUAUAUAGAACUUCCAAGAGAAGAAAUAAAUCUUUAUAAAUCUCUUAAAACUUAUAUAAACUUGAAUUAGUCUAAGUUUUCGUUAUUUUUAAAAUCCUUAUUACAUGAAAAUAAAGAUGAAAAGUUUUUAAAUUUAGAUUAAUUGUUAAACUCAAUACAAGAUUAUUACAAAAACUAAUAAAUGUAUUUGAAACCAAAAUUCAGUUUAAAUAGUGUUGAGAGAGUUCGUUUACCAAGUUUAGAAAUUAGAUACUUUACUAAUAGAAGAUCAAAAGAUUAUAACUAGAAUAGUAUUAGUAUUGAUUAAGAAUCAAAAUCGCUAUCAUUUGCUAUAUGA